GAGAGAAAGAGAGAGAAUGUGCAUGUGUGUGUUUGUAUAGAGAGUAGAGAUAUCAUAGGAUCACCUCCUGCGUAUUGAUUGGUCUUUUGUGAAAGCUACACCCCCAUGUAGCCGCGACGCGAACCAUUUCGCCAAGUCACUAGACUUCCAGGGUAUCGGACUUCCAGGGUUGCGAUACCUCCAUAUUUGGCGCGCGGUCGAUCGAACUCUUAAAUGCCGCGCGCAAAUCAACGCGGUCGACUCUACUCCCGCGCCAAAGAUAAUAUUGCGAGCGAUCGAGUCGGUGCGCAUCGAUACGCGACGAAGAGGAUCAUCCCUCGGAACAAGCGGGCGAGCGAAAAGUGACGCAAAGAAGAUUGUGCGAGAAACUCCGGCGAUACAGCGACUCUAUAUCGGCAUUGAUCGCUGAGUGACCCAUAUCUGGCAGUGACGGGAACCCCUACCCUUCUUUUCCCCUCCUCCCUUUCCAAUCCCUUUCGACGUUUCUCGCAUCCUGGCGCGCGCGCCUGCUCUUUCUCUCUCUGUCUCUCUCUCUCUCUCUUUCUCUUCAACCAUCCCCAUUCGCUUACCUUCCCCUGUACCCCGUACGGAGGUGCACCUCCACCCCACAUGGGCCGUUGUAUCCCCACCCAUUACACCCCGACGACGAGCGACCACCAUUAUCGGCCCCUACCACCGACUCCAGCAGCCCUGCCUGCCUUCCACGGUCGAGCAGAUCUUGGGGGUUGUACGGGAUGAUAGCCGAGUGAAAAAGCUUGGCAAGUCCCGAGGAGAGUUCGCUCAUCAGCAGCAGCAGCCCUGGCCUGCCACAAUCCCUUCGACUCGGUCAUCGUAAGUGUCGUGUCGAGGAAAUAGGGUGAAAGUUGUAUGAAUCGAGUGCGAGGAUGAGCACGAAAGAAAGAGAGAGAGAGAGGGAGCAAAAGUGAGAGAGAACGAAUGGAUAGAGAGGAUGCUUGAUGAACAGAGUGGAUGAGCGAAAAAAAAGAACCCGAUCAAGCCCAGUCUAACAUCCAACGUUUGAAACACAAUCGGGAAAACAAUACAAGUUGCUGAACGCGAGCGAAACGUCGUGUGGUGAUGCCUCGAGACAUAUAUCCCGCGCGAAACGUAUAUUUCCUGGAGUGCGGUCGAUUCGCAAGGCUAAACGUGUACAAAGUGACGGUCCUUCGAAGAGUGCUGGUGCGGAUAACGAGGACGACGGCGAUGGCGAUAGCGGCACCGAGACGGCAGACUAGUAUGGCGGAUGAUAAUCGUGGAGUGUCGGUGGUGCCAUCGCUGCUGCCGCAGCCAACAUCGCCGCCGCCACCGCCACCGUCGCCGCCACCACCUCCACCUCUGUCGUCUUCGCUGCCGUCACCGUCAUUGCUCGUGACAGUGGUUGCACUACGUGCCCGCCGUGCAGUGGUGUCCGGUGCGCACCGGGUACACAUGUACGCUACGUACCUUUCGCCCUUUAGUGAGAUCAAUAAGCAGUGCCGUGGCCACUCGAGCCGUGCCCCCGCCGGGAAACACUCGUUUCGUGUCUAGUGCUCUUCGUCCCCCCAUUCUGACCUCCCUCCCUCCCGCCUUAAUGUCGUCUUGAUUUCCGCUUCGAUUGUACGAGACUCGACUUCGCCAACUGGACCUCGAGUAUGGGAUCCCAGGCCGUCCAAGUUGUCACUGAAGGCUGACACCCAAGUGAACCGGAGGUGGCCAGAAUUUCGACGAGAUCUCCCUCGAUCACGGACGGGGCUUCUUCAGACUUCUCCACUUUCGGGCUCGACGAGACUGCCCCUUUCCUCUCGCUUAUCUAAGCGUAUCAGUCGCUAUCUCGUCCGCCAUCGAGCUGUUCCUCGAUUCGCCUCACGUAGCACUUGUCGUCCGCAUCGAAUUAUUGCCAGCCAGCCACUUGGAUGAUCCCAUAUCUAACUACGAAUCGGCCGACUCGAUGCGAAAGAUCGCUGGUACCCCUUAAACGCGAGGCUCCCCCCCCGUUACCGAGAGCCACGGGAACAACUUCCGGCUCGCUCCUCGCCGAGAGAAAUAGGAAUCCCCUUUCGCACUACGCUAGAGUCGCACUGUUAAACCUGUGUGUGGGACCGUGUGUGUCGUACGGUGUGCGCAAAGGCGGGCCGCCCAAUUAAUUAAGAUAGCUCCUAGACACACACGCUAGAUCGAUAGGGACCGGCCGCGAUAAAGACUGGCGAGGGUCUCAGACUUCAGGGAUGUUGCAGUGCUGUGGUGUUGGAGGUGGCGCUUCCACGGCACCUCACGCUCCGCAGCUGCAGGGUAUCGGAUCCGCUGUCGGAGCUACCACCUCCACGAGAACCACCAUCAUGCAGGACGCAGUUCUCGAAUCCAUCCUGGAGCAAAUGCGGGAGACGGAAGCCCGACGAGCGGAGCUGGAGAGGCAGCAUGCGGACGCACAGAACCAGUUGCGGGAGAAGAUAGCAGGACGCUAUCAGGGCCCGGAGUCGGUCGAGGCGUUGCAGUCGAAGAUCCGGGAACUUGAGAAGAAGACGGAGCUGCAGAUGGUGAAGCACGAGGAGCUGUCGUUGGAGCUCACCAGCCUGAGACGUGCGCGCAGCAGAGGACCGAUCGUGGGGCACGUCACAUCCUCCAGCGUCCCGACGUCCACUUGGCCGCCGGCCGGCUCCGAGAUAGAUAGAAUCAUCGCCAAGAUUGAGCAGGACAAUAGGUAUUGCAGCGGUAGGAUGUUACACGACCUGGAUCACGCGCGGGGCGCGAUAACCACUCAGCAACCCUCGGCCACGCAAGGCAUCCUCCGGUCCAGCUCGGAGAACCUUCCCAACCUCGGCCAGCAUCAACACCCACCUCAUCCGCACGCCCUCAACCUCGGAAUGCCUACUCAGAUGGGCCACUACGCAGGCUCACCAAUGCCAUUAACGCCGAUGAUGCCUGGCUGUCCUCCACUGACGCCAAACGGGCCACCGUAUCACUACAGCGAACCGAUACCACCGGCGCCGUCACUCUCCAGUAGCCAGUCGCAGCCUGCUUUCCAACAGAAAAUCCAACAAUAUCAGCAACAGCCGCAACAGCACGAUUUAUCGAGUUCCCAUUCCCAAGGUGCUCUGCCGUCGCAACAGAAACAACAGCAACAAACGCACACUUCUCACUUUACAAGCAAUCAGUAUCAGGAGAGUUAUCCACAUACGCAAACGUAUCAGCAACCACUUCAGCAGCAGCAGCCGCAACAACAACAACAACAACAUCCGGCCUCGACCACGUACCUGACAUCGGCCAGCCAGAGCGUGAUUCCUCACUAUACACAGCCUGCCCAAACCGCCCAGAAUUAUCAAUUGAAUGGCAGUCAACAGGCAACGACAUAUCCUAACUUAUCCAUGGCAUCGCAUCCGAACGGGACUUACAGCACGGGCGCAUCUAGCUUCAAUACGCAAUUGCCUCAUCACAAUUACAGUGUGCCGCAGACGAAUAUCACGCAGACCACGUUACCCUCGAUGUAUUCCACCACGUCCUAUCAUUCCACUCUUGGAGGUCUCACGAGCGUACCCCAAUCUGUUCUUCCUUUCUCCACUGGUCAAAGCACUUUUGCCACGAGUGGAUCGACUUAUUCCACUACCGUCGGGACCAACGCUUUUGGGACGUCGGGCGUAAGCUCAGGUACUAGUUCGGGAGGCUUAUUACAAGCAAUAGGCGAUCCUCUGCAAGCGAUGCAACAACUCUCCGCCCAAUCGCAGGCCAAUCAGCUUCAGCAGCAGGCAAUCAUCCAUCAGAUCCAACAAAGCUUGCGAGCCAGUUCGCCGACCGCGCCCGGUACCGGGACCGGCCAUCACUUUCUGGGUCCCAGGCAAAUGCCGAAGAUCCCCACGAGUAUACUGACGAAUCCCCUAGAUCGAUUGACUAACACCGAAGACAUUAUAUCCGAAGGUCAAGUGGAUAUGCUGGAUGUGCCCGGCAAGGGCAGAUGUUAUGUUUACAUAGCUCGUUUCAGUUACGAACCAUUCCAACACUCGCCAAACGCGAAUCCGGAAGCGGAACUGCCAGUUCAAGGUGGUGAUUAUCUCCUAGUUUGGAGCCAGCCAGAUGACGAUGGUUUCUUGGACGCGGAGACGCUCGAUGGUAGACGCGGUCUAGUGCCGGCUAAUUUUGUGCAGAAACUGGUCGGGGAUGAUCUAUUGGAGUUUCAUCAAGCUGUCCUCGGUCUCAGGGACGUGGACGACUCUGCCUCGACGAAUAUUCCUCAAUGCUAUCUAUUGCAAGAUAUUGAUCUAGAAUUAGCCGCGUUGGAAGAAGGUAAUCGGAAUCGUCAAACAGAACUGUCAGCGUACGCGGAACUUGAUAAUAUCGCGGAGGAAGAUGAACAAGAACCACCAGAAGUCUACAUGUUUUCGGACCUAGUUCCGGCGCCGCAGCAUCUCACGCUCGAACGGCAGCUCAACAAAAGCGUGCUGAUCGGAUGGACCGCGCCUGAAAACACGCACCAACUCGAGUCCUACCAUGUCUACGUGGACGGGGUGCUGAAGGUCACGGUGAAGGCCACUGAGAGGACCAGGGCCUUGGUGGAGGGAGUCGAUUCCACUCGGCCGCACAGAAUAAGCGUGCGUUCGGUCACGCAUUCGAGAAGAACGUCGCGUGACGCUGCUUGCACGAUGGUGAUCGGUAAGGAUGUCGCGCUAGGUCCGACCGCCGUCAAGGCUUCGGCUGUCACAGCCACCAGCGCUGUAAUAUCCUGGCUACCCAGCAACAGUAAUCAUCAACACGUCGUAUGCGUAAACAAUGUGGAAGUGAGAACCGUGAAGCCGGGCGUUUACAGGCACACCAUCACCGGCCUAGCCCCGUCGACGAUAUAUAGGGUGACCGUCAAGGCGAAGAACCUGCGGGCGACGCACUUCGAGGACCAAAACGCCCAGGCGGCAAACAAUCUAGCCUGCCAUGUCCACUUUAAGACGUUGCCCAAAGGAUUGCCGGACCCUCCGGUCGAUAUCCAGGUGGAGGCUGGACCGCAGGACGGCACUUUGCUAGUGACCUGGCAGCCUGUUGCCCUAAACGGUUCGGCCGUCACCGGUUACGCGGUGUACGCCGAUGGUAAGAAGGUCACCGAUGUCGACAGCCCCACCGGCGAUCACGCGCUCGUCGAUAUACACAAGCUCAUGGGUCUCAACCCCAAGCACAUUACCGUCAGGACUAAGAGCAGGGAGAGUCAAUCGGGCGACAGUUGCGCGACGGCGAUACCUUGCAGCGUACUUCGCGGAGGUGCUCCAGGUCAUAUGCCGUCUCAUGGUGGACCUCAGCAUAUGGAUCAGCGACAGCAACAAUCUACUGGCAUGGUCUCCCAACAGGAUGAUCCCACUCGUCAUCGCAUGACUGGUCAGCGAUACCCAAACGCACCGAUGCCCUCGCACAUGCGACGACACGUGGGCAACAGGGUGGACGCCCACGGUCAGGUUAUCAUCGAGACGGACGAGAAUCUUUCCGACAAAGAGAUCUAUCCCGGACAAAGUAUUCCUCAAAUGGGUAUUCCAGAGAUCACGAAGGAUUCCGCGAGCGAGGCAAAUUAUAGCGAAGAGGACGACCCCACGCGAAGAUCACGAGGAAUGCCGCCGCAGCAUCACGGCCCGCAUCAUCGUUACGGUCCUCAAAUGGACUCACAGGGUCCACCUGGCACGCAUAGGUCUCCCAACAUGGGUGGUCCCAGUGGUAGACCUCAAGAUCCUUAUUAUGAUCAAACGGGAUCUCAGAGAGGAAGAGGUCCGGUUUAUCGUGGUGGACGCGUAACGCAAGCUCAAGGUGGAGCGAGCCAUCCAACAAGUGCAGCUCAGCAGAUGAACAAGAGGCAGCGAUUGUUCGUGGCGCUGUUCGAUUAUGAUCCUACAACAAUGUCACCAAAUCCAGACGCGUGCGAAGAGGAAUUACCAUUUUCCGAAGGCGAUACCAUCAAGGUGUACGGCGAAAAAGAUGCCGAUGGUUUUUACUGGGGCGAGUGUCGUGGUAGACGAGGAUACGUUCCUUAUAACAUGGUAGAGGAGCUUAAAGAGCCGCCAGGUCAAGGUCAGCCUAGUAGGAGAGGGCCUACACAAAGCGAGAGAUGGGGAGACAUUUAUGCGAGUAUGCCCGUGAAAAAGAUGAUAGCCCUCUAUGAUUACGAUCCUCACGAACUAUCUCCCAACGUUGAUGCUCAAGUGGAAUUAACGUUCCAAACCGGAAACGAGAUCUACGUUUACGGCGACAUGGAUGACGACGGCUUUUACAUGGGCGAGCUGAACGGCGUUCGCGGUUUAGUGCCGAGUAACUUCCUCACCGAGGCACCAGGACAGAAUCAGGGACAACCGCCUCUCGGUAGACGACCUGGUGGCCAGAGUCAGGGACCGGGCGCGAGAGGACCGCCGCCGCCUCCUCGGGAACCACCCCCGGCUGGUCAUCGACGUGGCAAAGAUGCCUGCAUUGUGCCUGUGUCUGUCCCUGUCUGUCACUUAGACUCUAGACAACUACAACAACAACCACCACCAUCACUAAUGAACAACCAACAACAUCAACUACAACAUCAAAACAAUCCACCGCAUCUAGCCUACCAACAAGCGAAUCACCACAGCUACACGACCGUAACCACGUCCAAUCAGCAUGGGCCCAGUCACUUGCCACCCGGCGGCGGUGUCAUGGGUGCCCAUCAGCAAGGUCCCGUACCGCCCCACCUUCAGCAACAGGGGAAGGGGAGGGGCGGCGUGGUCAAUCGAGUCGCUGGUAGUAACAUGCCGGGUAUGCAGGGCCAACACCUUCAACAGCAACAGCAGGACUAUCAGGGCCAGCCGAAUCAGCCGUAUCAGCAGCAGCAGCCGAAUCAACCGUAUCAGCAGCAACAACCGAAUCUAGGAUACCAACAGCAACCUCAGCAACAAUUCCAACAGCCGCAGCAACAGCAGCAGCAGCAACCGGGCCAGCCGUUCGCGCAGCAGAAUCAACAGGGUGGACCCGGAAUGCAACCCCCUCAGAGCACCAGCAAGCCCAUGAGAGGAAUACCGGCGGUGCUGCCGACGGCGCAAUCCAAGACCCAACCUAAUACGCAGCAGAAUCAGCAGCAACAACAGCCGCAACAGCAGAGCACCGGACCGAACCUGAUGCAGAAGUUCACCGAGAUGGCAGGCGCGAGCGCUGGCGGUGAUAUACUAUCCAAGGGCAAAGAGCUGAUCUUUAUGAAGUUUGGAUUGGGCAAGUGAGAAGGAGUGAUCGUUGACGGCGCGACGAUGAUAAUAAUAAUAAUGAUGAUGAUGAUGAUGAUGAUAACGACGCGUUAUCGCGGUUGUUUUCGUUUCUUCCUUUUUGCGCUCGACGUUCACGUUUGACGCAUGCGCAAGUUGUCGAUUUCGCGACAAGUUGUGUAAAAAAAAAAUCAGUAUUAUGACAAAACGUUAUUUCACGGUGGAGGGAAUACGUAAUAACGAGUAGUCUCGCCGGACGUGUUAUUAUUGCCGAAGACAAGGUGGAGAAUAAAAAGGCGAAGAAUCUGCGCCGCCAUCGCUGCUGCUGCUGUUGCUGCUGCUGCUGUUGUUACCCGCUAUUAAUAACCGUUAAUUGUGUUGUAAAAAAAAAAAGAUGGAAUGAAAUCGUCGCUGGACAGAUAUAAUCGAGAACGAACCUCGGAUGGGAGAAAGGACGUUCGGUGGAAACCGCUCGGGAUUGAAAGGUCCACGCCGAGAAUCGACACUUGACGAUUCCAUCGAUCGAGAGGAGAGCAAAAGGGAUGCGUAUGAGAUUCAUCGAACUUCUUCUUAAUUCUCCUUCUCCGAAAUCUUCUUCUUCUUCUUCUUCGCGAGACGGUAGGAUCCUCGAUCGGUGUGUUGCAUGGUCUAUUAAAAAAAAAAAAAAAAAAAAUACUUGCCGAUUGUUCGCCCGCCAAGUAUGUCUUAAUAUAAAUGAGAUAAUCAAUGCCAGAAACAUGGAAUUCAACUAUCAGCGUCGUGUCUUAUAAAUCGCGUAUCCGCGCGACUGUUUCUUCCAAUCUCUCUUCGUCCUCUUCGAACCUCAUGUUACUCGGAACCGCCGUUCGGUUGUCGAAGCAAAUAAACCUUCGUCGCGAUUGUAUCGAAUUCGAGAAGAGGAAAACGCACGUUAAAAAAAAAAAAAAAAAAAAAGAAACGAGCGGAAGCGAAUGCGCAGCGAGAGCGUAGACCGGAGAAGUCGAAGGAGGCCGGAUUUUUCGUGGACAGAAGAGAGAGGUGGAGGCCGACCUAGAGAGGGAUAACCAUAUCGUCGUAUAGGAGUGAGGACGCGACAACAACAUGGGUGUGCCUUUGGAGAACCGUCUCACCCAGCAGCAACCAAUAAUCAUAUCUUUAAUCGAUAAUUCUCUAGCUAUUUUUUCCUUCCCUCGUGGAAAUCGAGCGCUAUAUCGAGAGCCAUGGCGGCGCAUACACAAAUAAACGAUGACGAUCUCUCGUCUUGACAA